AUGUCCCCCGCCUUCAUUGUCUCGCCCCUCCUCACCCGCACCCCGCUUCUCCCGUCGCGCGCCGUCUGCUUCCCAGUCACUCGCUACGCCCUCACCCAAAAGCGCGCUCGUGCCCUCCCACCGCCGCACGCGGCAGCCCGCUCUUUCGUCACCAUGGUCGCCGAAGGAGCCCAAGCCCCCGACUUUGAGAAGACCGACGGGGACGGCAACAAAGUCUCGCUCUCCAGCUUCCGCGGCUCACGCAACGUCGUGCUCUACUUCUCCAACGGAGCUGGGCCCGGUUGCACUAGCCAGAGCUGCUCCUUCCGAGACGCCGCGGAGGACUUUGCUCAGCUCGACGCCGAGAUCAUCGCCGUGUCGGCACAGAGCGAUACCACUGCGUUCAAGCGCGAGAAUAGCCUCCCCUUCUCCGUCAUCCCGGACUCGCAAGGAGAGCUGCGAAAACUUUACAAAGUCCCGUCCACUCUAGGCUUGUUGCCCGGACGAGUCACAUAUGUCAUCGACAAGCAGGGAAUCGUCCGCAGCGUCUAUAACUCCCAGUUCUCCACCGCCGCACACAUUACGACAGCCUCUGAAGCCUUGAAGGCCAUAGCAAAAUAAAACUCCUACUCCUGUUCCUCGCA